AUGGAUCGAAUACCGGCUCCUUUAAGUCUACCCCAAAUACUUCAAGUUUUUCAACCUACAGUCUCUAUGCAGCCGUCUUUGUUGAACCAGGAUACUGCACCAUCUGAUUCUGGUCACAGCUUACAAAAUUCUUCUUUGUCAUGCCAGCCAAUUCAAUCACGCACUGCCCAAAUACAGACUGAGAAUCAGUCCAUUACAUCAUCUCAUGUUUUUAUACCCGUGCAGCACGUAUUAAGUGGUUCAGUAGCACAACAGUAUUUUAGAGGGUAUAAUACAUUCAUGAAGAAUGAGCCAUGUUCUAAUAAAUGUGAACCUCGGGUGACAGUAAUCAUUGAGCAUAAUGUGGGAAUACCAAGUGACAGUAAUGAAUUAAAACGAAAACGAGAGAAAAGUACAAUAUCACGCAUUCGUCGAUAUAUACCUGAUCCAACACAGUGGAAAAGCAAUAUCCGUAAGCAGAAAUGCCAACGCGGAGAGGCCUACAUCAAUCGAAGAGGAAAAUUAGUCCCAGAAAAACACAUCCGCAACACCAAAGACUGCUUGACAUCAUGCAGACAUAAAUGCAUGGAGAAAAUUACAUAUGAAGACAGACAACUAAUAUUCAAAUCCUUCUAUUCUCUAGACGCUAAUGAGAAAAAGCACUUCCUUUUAAACACAACAGAGAGGCACUUAUACAAAAAUAAAGAAAAACCGAGCGAUGGCAAACGGAAUUAUUCAUUCAAGUAUUUCUUUCUAGUUCGGGCUACAAGGUUUGUAGUGUGUAAGAAUUUUUAUUUAGGCACUUUAGCGAUAUCACAGAAACCAGUCUACAAUGUGCAUUUGAAUAAGACAGAUGUGAAUUUGCCAAAACGGGACGGAAGAGGCUUAUCGCCAUCCAGCUGUCAUGCUUUGCCAAAUGAAGCUAAGGAUAGGGUCAGGAUGCAUAUAAUGUCAUUUCAAACUGUAGACUCAAAAGCUGUUACACCAUUUUCAGCAAAACGUCAAUACUUGAAUCAGAGUUUAAAUAUAAAGCAGAUGCAUUUGAUGUAUGUAAAGGAAUGUGAACAAAUAGGUGAGACUCCAUUAAAAGAGUCUAUGUACAGGAAGAUAGUGAAACAGGAGUUUAAUUUGCGGUUCAAAUCGGUUAAAACCUGUGGGAAGUGUAAAGAACCAGUUAGUGAUAAGUGA